AUGCCCGCCAGGGACAACACUACACCUGUAGAGAUGGAUCCUGGAAGCUACAAAACAUUUGACGCACAUUACUACAAUCUUGUUAGGAAAAGAAGAGGUCUAUUUCAAUCCGAUGCAGCUCUGCUUACAGACAGCGCCACCAAUGCUUAUGUGCAACUCCAGGCAACCACAGACGGUAUUACUUUCAUGGAGGAUUUUGCAGAGUCCCAUGGUGAAAAUGGGUCAAAUCGGCGUGCUCACCGGCUCUACUGGUGA